UGAAAUACUAUUUGCGUUCCGUUUGCGUAUUAUUUUCCGUUAUCACCCGAUAUUUAUACGAAAAGAGGAAAUACCACAGUGCGGUUUGAUUACUGAAACCUCAAUGUUUUGUUACACAUGUAGGCCAAACUAACGUUAUCGAAAUAAGACGUAAAUACCUUUUACUACUUAUAGUUAUCAUUUCUAACAGGUAUUGGUACAUAUCCGAGUGGUUUAAGGUGGUGACAAUCCAGAGUGAUGUUUCGGGCGACAUGCCUUUUUCAAAAUUGUAUAAAGGAAAUAUUGGUAACAUCACUACUAAUGACCCAAGAAAUGACCUAGCUUUGCAAGUAGAAGCUACUAGGGCAGGUGUUACUUCCAGAACAAACAUUCUUGCUCAUGCAUCAUGUGGACCCUUCUGUGGACAAGGCAUAGAGCAAGAGGUAGUAACUAUGGAACCAUUGAUUGAAAAAGAAAGUGCAGUGGACUUGGAAGCUGCUAAGGGUAAAGGGAAUGCCGGUAAGUUAACGUAA